UAUGCAUUUAAACAAAAACGUUGUUAUGCACAGACUAGUCCAGUCAUCUAGUACGCAGUUAGUUUUAACAGAGGCUCAUUGAGAGAUUACAAUCCGUUGGGUUCAUCAUUGUUUUGAGUUCAACCUCCGGUUUUUACGGCUUCAAGCGAAUUCAUCACCACACUACGCGCUUUUCGUUGCGUUAUUUGUGUACUCUCAAUAGCGCCCUACGUAGAAAAUGCUACGAUAUUAAACGGGGCGGGCCCAGCUGGCUGUUUGUGGACGACAUUUUACUAAACCGAGAACGUAUGAAGGUGUUGAUUUUCUAAUAAAGCUGGCGUGUUUUUCGCGAGUUUGUUUGUAGAAGUCAUGCUGCAAGGAUUUGCAUGCAGAAACUACACCUGAACUUUGUCUAUAACAUUCUCUUUCAACAUACUACUACUUCACCGAUUUCAGAAAUACACAUUUCCACAAACCAGGUAGAGGAGAUGAGAGGAAGUUCCUCAUAUGGAGACCGAGACAGAGAUCGAGGACGAGACAGAGGGCCUCGCUUUGGAUCCAGUCGAGUUGCCCCACCUCCACCCAAAAAGUUUGGGAAUCCAGGAGAUCGGCUGAGGAAGAAGAAAUGGGACCUGGACCAGUUGCCCAAGUUUGAGAAGAACUUCUACAGUGAACUCCCAGAGGUUCAUCAUUAUGAUAUAGAAGAAUAUCGCCGGAAGAGAGAGAUCACUGUCAGAGGCUCCGGCUGUCCAAAGCCUGUCACCAACUUCCAUCAAGCUCAGUUUCCUCAAUAUGUGGUGGACGUGCUGCUGCAGCAGAAUUUUAAGGAGCCCACUGCUAUUCAGGCUCAAGGUUUUCCUUUAGCUCUCAGUGGCAGGGACAUGGUGGGCAUCGCUCAGACCGGCUCCGGAAAAACACUGGCUUAUCUGCUGCCUGCCAUAGUGCAUAUUAACCAUCAGGCCUACCUGGAGAGAGGGGAUGGGCCCAUUUGUCUUGUGUUGGCACCGACACGUGAAUUAGCCCAGCAGGUGCAGCAAGUGGCUUAUGACUAUGGCAAAUCAUCUCGGCUCAAGAGUACCUGUGUGUAUGGAGGAGCCCCUAAGGGUCCGCAGAUCAGAGAUUUAGAAAGAGGUGUUGAAAUCUGCAUUGCCACACCUGGCCGUCUGAUCGAUUUCCUGGAGGCAGGAAAAACGAACCUGCGCCGUUGCACAUAUCUUGUGCUGGAUGAGGCCGAUCGUAUGUUGGACAUGGGAUUUGAACCCCAAAUCCGCAAAAUUGUUGACCAAAUUAGACCUGACAGACAGACUCUCAUGUGGAGUGCUACCUGGCCUAAAGAAGUUCGUCAGCUGGCUGAAGAUUUCCUCCAUGACUAUGUCCAAAUCAAUAUAGGAGCUCUAGAAUUAAGUGCAAACCACAACAUCCUGCAGAUAGUGGAUGUCUGCAUGGAGAAUGAAAAAGACAACAAGCUGAUUCAGCUGAUGGAAGAAAUCAUGGCUGAAAAGGAGAACAAAACCAUCAUCUUUGUCGAGACAAAGAAACGUUGUGAUGAACUUACUCGGAGGAUGCGAAGAGAUGGGUGGCCUGCAAUGUGUAUUCAUGGUGACAAGAGCCAACCAGAGAGGGACUGGGUACUAUCAGAGUUCCGCAGUGGAAAAGCUCCAAUUUUGAUUGCUACCGACGUUGCCUCACGGGGUCUGGAUGUGGAGGAUGUUAAAUUUGUCAUCAACUAUGACUAUCCAAACUCUUCGGAGGAUUAUGUUCAUCGCAUUGGGCGGACAGCCCGCAGCACCAACAAAGGAACAGCCUAUACCUUCUUCACCCCUGGGAACCUUCGGCAGGCUCGUGAUUUGGUCCGGGUUCUUGAGGAGGCUAGACAGGCCAUCAACCCCAAACUUCUGCAGCUGGUGGACACAGGCCGUGGGGGAGGUGGAGGUGGAAGGAUGCGCUAUCGUGGCAACAACUCAGGCUCAAAUAACCCCAACCUGAUGUACCAGGAUGAAUGCGAUCGCCGCAUGCGCUCUGUAACUGGAAGUAACAAGGGCAGCCGUAGCGACAACAUGAGCCGUGAUGCAAGGUCAGGGGGGAGCGGCCGUGACGACCGUAUGCCCUCUUCUUACAGAGACCGCAGCAGGGAUGGACGAAACAACUACAACUCCGGACCCUCCUACAACAGCGGAGGAGGUGACCAAUACCAGAGCUGUGGGGGCUCCAGAGGGGGGCAGUAUGGCUCCAGAGGGGGAGGCUCACAUCCAGGUGUGGGUGCAGGAGGGCAAGAUCAGGCUGGACCUCCCCAAGGUCUGUUUGGAGCGCCUCCACCAACUCCUCCUCAGCCUGGGCCGGGUCCACAACCACUCAUGGCACAGCAGUUCCCUCCUCCACCACAGCCUAUCAUGGGAUUCAUGGGUCCUGGGUCAUAUCCAUUUGCCUCACCACCACCACCCCUUCCUCCUCCUCCUCCUAGAAAGUAGUAUCCAGAGGCUUUGCCGUCUCGUCUUUUUUUCUUUUCUUGUUGUUUUCAUGUAAUAGUAACCUGCCCUGUUUCCAGUCUGAACUUUUGAAUAUAGCUGUGUAAUACAUAGUGUACUCUCUUUAUUUUCAAUUGUGUUGUAAAAAAGGAUGGCUUUGCAUUUAAUCAAGCCAGUGUCCCAGGGUCUUGAGUGAAGGGCUUCUCAUUCAAUACAAUGCUUUUUAGUUCUGUGGUUAUCAAAUCUGGUCCCUAAAGUGAAAUAAGUUAGGAACAAUCUUUAGAUAUCUUGACUUUUUUGUGUAUUUUUCUAAAUAAAAUAGUUAAUCUUUUGAUUACAGUUGGUCAGUACUUAUUAAUGAUUAUUGAUGUUUUCAGUACUUAAUUGAUUUCCACCCUCUGGUGUCAUCAGUCUCAGACCUGCAGAAUGAUUCGUAGACGGAGAGAUCUUUUUUUUUUUUGUAGGCAACUUACAGAAAGCUAACUUAUCUGCAUCUUACCUUAGCAUACCAUUAGGCACUUAGUAUGCUACAGCUACCCCUUGGGAUCCUGAAUAGACUCAGCGGAAUCAGAUUUGUUAACACCACCUCCUCUCUGAUUUGAAGGGACCUGGAAAUAAAUAUAAAUUCUUUUUGUAUAAUCACUUUGUUUUACAGAUUUUAAUAAAAGAGUUCAAUCCAGA